UCUCCUUUUCGGGUCGAAUAUUUCACCUUUCUCUUUUCUUUUUUAGUUUUCUCGCUUCCACACCUCUCGCCGUCGCCACCCCAAACCCUCUCAGCCCUUUCCGAUCCCAAUUUUCCUUCGGUAUUAAACUCCGAUUAACUGCUGAAUUUCACCCUGUUCCCAUACCAAUCGGGCACGCCUGCUUCUGACUAGUAGAGGUUCCACUCCCGUGUUUACUAGUUUUCUUUAUGUUUAAGUUAAUUUUACGAAUUUGGUCUGAAUUAUGGGUUUAGAAGGGGGCGGGGAUUGCGAUGAAGGGUUCAAAGAGCACUUGCAAGUCCGCUUCUCACAAGCUUUUCAAGGACAAAGCAAAGAACCGUGUGGAUGACUUGCAGGGCAUGUUCACGGACCUCCAGUUUGCCAGGAAGGAGAGCCGCUCCAUCGAUGCUGCACUCCUCGAAGAACAAGUGCAUCAGAUGCUACGCGAGUGGAAAGCCGAGCUAAAUGAGCCCUCCUCGGCUUCUUCUUUUCAGCAGCAGGGUGGCAGUCUUGGUUCGUUUUCUUCAGACAUUUGCCGGCUGUUGCAGCUAUGUGAAGAGGAAGAUGAUGCCACUAGUCCAUUAGCUGCACCGAAACCCGAGCCUAAUGAUCAAAACUUGCAAGUUGGAGAAAGUUUGGCCUUUCAUGAGGGAUUUAGUGUGAAUCAAGGGCAACAGGAACAUGCCUUCCCGAUGGCUGAUCAGUGCAAAAGCUCCCCUUCCGGAGUUCGCAAUGCUGUUAACAAUUUGGAAGGGGCUAAUCAAUUGGACUAUCAUCAGUUUGAAUUGCAUCAAGACUUUGAGCAGAGUUUCUACCCUUGUUUUCAUGGCACAGCUUUGAGGGGGGAGGACACAUUGUCUCAGGCUUCUACUUAUCUCCCGAGUAUUUUCCCUCCGCCCUCUGCUUUCUUGGGCCCAAAGUGUGCACUUUGGGAUUGCCCUAGGCCUGCUCAAGGGUUUGACUGGUGGCUAGACUACUGCAGUAGCUUUCAUGCUGCUUUGGCAUUGAAUGAAGGACCACCAGGCAUGGGGCCGGUCCUUAGACCUGGGGGCAUCGGCCUGAAGGAUGGCCUACUUUUUGCUGCUCUUAGUGCAAAGGCACAAGGAAAAGGUGUUGGUAUCCCUGAGUGCGAGGGAGCUGCUACUGCAAAGUCUCCAUGGAAUGCACCUGAAUUCUUUGAUCUUUCGGUUCUUGAGGGUGAGAUAAUCCGGGAGUGGCUCUUUUUUGACAAGCCUCGAAGAGCUUUUGAGAGCGGUAACAGAAAGCAGAGGUCAUUGCCAGAUUACAAUGGACGAGGUUGGCAUGAGUCGAGGAAGCAAGUGAUGAAUGAGUUUGGAGGGCUGAAGAGGUCUUACUAUAUGGAUCCUCAACCGCUGAACCAUUUUGAGUGGCACCUUUAUGAGUACGAGAUCAACAAAUGUGAUGCUUGUGCCUUGUACAGAUUGGAGCUGAAACUUGUUGACGGGAAGAAAAAUUCCAAGUCCAAACUAACCAACGAUUCAGUUGCUGAUCUGCAGAAGCAGAUGGGAAGGCUUUCUGCGGAGUUCCCCUCCGAUAACAAGCGCACUGUCAAGGGCAGGGCCAAAGUUAAUGCAAAGGUUAGUGUCGGAAAUGUCUACUACGCUCCAAAUCGAGGGGCAACAACAAAUGGGACAUUUGACUACGAGAUAGGUGCACCUACGACUACCUUGUUGACAAUGUCAACGGAUAUUACAGAACCUAACUGAUACAAGUUUGAUGGGCUCCAAUAAGCUGCAUGCCCAUCCUUAGUUUCUGCUGCUUUUACAAUAACCCUCCAUUCAUAAUGCUGCUACUUUUUCAGAUAA